GCUUGGAUGCAGCGCCCACUGCCAGGGGCUCUUCCUUUGGCCCUCAGGCUGAGCUGGGCUUGGAAGAACGUGGGUCGCAGGGGCCUUUCCCAGCUGCGCGGGGCCAUGAGGCUGGUUCAGUUCCAUGCCAAGGGGUCAUCAGCCGAGCCCCGGAUCGGGCUGGAGGAGCGAGAGGGCGGCAACGUGGUUGACCUGAGCACUUUUGACCCGUCCUUGCCCAAGACCAUGCGAGCGUUCCUGGAGGCAGGAGAGGCAGCGCUCGCGGUUGCCAGGAGAGCGCAGCAGUCUGGCUGUCCUCCUCUGCCCCGGUCUGAACUGGCCCUCUUGGCUCCCAUCACCAACCCAGAUAAAGUGAUCUGUGUCGGCAUGAACUACGCGGACCACUGCCUGGAGCAGAACGUCAAGAUCCCCAAGGAGCCAAUCAUCUUCAGCAAGUUCUCCAGUUCCAUUGUGGGACCCUAUGAUGCUAUCAUUCACCCGACGGAGAGCAAAGAAGUUGACUGGGAAGUUGAGCUGGCCUUUGUCAUUGGCAAGAAAGGAAAGCACAUCCAGGAAUCCGACGCCAUGGCCCACGUGGCUGGUUUUACGGUGGCCCACGAUGUGAGUGCCCGAGACUGGCAGAUGAACAGGAACGGGAAGCAAUGGCUGUUAGGGAAAACCUUUGACACCUUCUGCCCGCUGGGCCCAGCUCUCGUCACCAAGGACUCUGUGACAGAUCCUCACAAUUUGGGCAUCCGCUGCCGAGUGAAUGGCGAACUCGUCCAGAACAGCAGCACCAGCCAGAUGAUCUUCAAAACAGAGGCUCUGGUCGCAUGGGUUUCCAAGUUUGUCACACUGUACCCAGGAGAUGUCUUCCUCACUGGGACACCACCAGGGGUUGGAGUUUUCCGGAAGCCCCCCACUUUCCUCAAGAGAGGAGAUGAAGUACAGUGUGAAAUUGAUGAGCUGGGAACCAUCUGCAACAAGGUGAUGUGAAGAUUUUUCUGCUGCGUCCCUCCACAAAACCAUCGGCCGGAGUGAAAUCCACGGGUGCCUUCACUGAUUCUAAUCACGAUCAUAAAUAAGGAUGUUCUUAAAAUUC